GAUAUGGCUGCAAUGUGGUCUGCAGCUGGUGCUAGUUUUGCGAGAAUAACAGGCUGGUACGACAAUCUAUAUUCGCUAUUUACCAUAGACAAAUGUAUAGGUUUUGUUGUUAUUCUAUUCACUAUAAUGAUAUUUGUCAUGAAAACACAGACUAGAGAAUUUAGAGUAGCCAAUGGAUAAAGGAUAUCUUUAUAAGCCAUAUAUUUUAGACAUUUGAAUGUGAUUGGUAGCGCUAUAUUUAGAAAAUGUAGAAAUUUACGUAAUCCGAUGAUGGUCAUAUGUUGGAAAAAAAAUCUGUCUGAAAAAUUGAAGCAGCCUUUACAAAGAAUAGACUUACAUCUAAUACAUCAUAUAAUUAAAUAUCAUUAUAGAUAACGAUCACAAUGCAUAGAGCUAUAGUCACCCCAUUAUUGAGAAAUGCUGCUAUUCGUAGCGCAGCUCCUCGUACCUUAAGGGUCAUGAGACAAACUCCAGUUGUUUUCCCUAAACAAAUGAUCCGUUUUGCCUCAACUGAAUCAAAUGCUAAGGCUACUGAAUCUGAAGCAGCCAAAGCAUCAGAAACUGUCAAAGAAGCUGAACCACAAGCUGAAACUGAAGCUACUGAAGGUAAUGAAGUUGAUACAGUUGAAGAUUUAAAAGCUAAGCUUGAUGCUAAGGAUAAAGAUUUAGCUAAUAUGAAGAAUCAUUAUGCCAGAGCUAUUGCUGAUUUCCGUAAUUUACAAGAUACCACUAAGAAAGAAGUUCAAAAGGCUAAAGAUUUUGCAUUACAAAAGUUUGCAAAGGAUUUAUUGGAAUCAUUAGAUAAUUUCAGUUUAGCUUUAGAAUCAGUUAAAGAAGAUACUUUAAAAGCCAAUGAAGAUGUUAAAAGUUUAUAUGAAGGUGUUAGUAUGACUAGAAAUAUAUUCGAAAAGACUUUAAGUAAACAUGGUAUUGAAAAGAUAGAUCCAAUGGGUGAACAAUUUGAUCCAAAUCAACAUGAAGCUACGUUCCAAAUUCCUCAUCCUGAUAAAGAACCAGGUACUGUUUUCCAUGUUCAACAACCAGGUUAUACUUUAAACUCCAGAGUUUUAAGACCAGCUAAAGUUGGUUUAGUCAAAGGUAAUGAAGAAAACUAAAUGUAAUAGUAGUAGGCAGUAACGUUUUAAUUAAUGAAGUUAUGGGUUAAUUCCAAAAUUAGUAUUUUUACAUAGAUUAUAUCAUUUCGUUCCAUCUUGUAUAUAAAAAGUUCCAAUCGUAAGUAAUAUAUAAAAUAAAUUUUGAUUUAUAAAUUGAUAUUAGUAUCUCACAGGUGAUGUCAUAUCCUGUUUAACCUCCUAGCUCAUAAUGAUAACAAGACAGUAAUAUGAAUGAUGCAAAAUUGACCCUACUAAUUUGAUACGGCAUUUUCCACACGUGACAUGACUCACCUCUAAUUUUUAAGCGUCAGACAGAUCAGUUGAUAAUGAAAAAUUUUGGGGACCUCCCCCGUAGAUCGCACAAAAAUGUCAGAUUUUCACAAAAGACAAUUUUUCACCAUUUUGAAUUAGGUUGAUACAACUAUCUUCUUGGUUUCAGUAUCAAUUCCUUGUUAGAACUAUCCAAUUGACUUGUUUGAUAAUGUUAUC